AUGGCACCAAGAUGGCGGCGGCCUUAAGGCGGAGGAAGUCGCUCGCUCGCUAGCCGAGCGGAAUUGUUACCGUGAAAAACGCGGCGAAUUGAGCGGGGAUUUCUGGCGAAACAGCGCGGGUAGGCCGGCUAGUUCUUCCAGCGGACGGGUGGACACGGCAGCGAUCGGCGGCAUGGCUGCGGCGGUGGUCCCGUCGGUUGCCGCGGCGGUGGGGUCCUCCCGAACCCAGCCCGAAGUGUUGUUGAGCGGAGCGGCGCUGGGCGGCCGCUUCCAUCGACUGUUCGCCAGCCCGGCCGGUCUGCACGACUCCGUACCCGCAAGAGCCAGCCCUACCAAGAAGAAGACAAGGAGGAAAGCCAAGGCCAAGGCCAAGGAGAAGACAAAGGGAGGAACUUCCAGCAGUAGUAAUGGCAACGAGUCGGCUCCUUUCCAAGUCCCGACGAUCGAGCUCCCGGGGAACGCGUCGGCGUUCAGCGUGUACGCUCACAUCCGGCAGGCCGUGCUGGACAGACAGACGCGGGAGACCGCCAGGAUUUUAGCCACCCUGACCGGCGACAAGCGGGCCGCGGACUCCGACUCCGAAGACGAGACCGAGGAUCAAGUCAAGGAGGUCAUCCCCAAACUACCCCGGAUUGUAGGCAUAGGACUGUGCGGGGUGUUCGAGCUGAUCCGGGAGACGCGCCUGUCCCACCCGGCACUGUGUGCGCGCGCUCUGCAGGCACUGCUGGACAUGCUGCAAGGACAGCAGCCAGAGGGGCUUCGCAGUGAACCAGCAGAUGUCAUAGAUUCCCUGUUCCAGUUGUUGAUCGACCUGGUGAACAACUCAGGUGCUGAGACGAGCCCGACCUCGGACUGCACGUCCCUCGCCGCCCUGGCCUGCUCCUGUCUGCUCAGCCUGGUGGUUGCCAGGGGCGACACGGGGAAACUGCUGAACGCCGUGGCGGCGCUGUUAAUCAGCCCGGGGAGCCAGUCAGCGCAGGCCGUCAAGGUCCCCUCUAUCCUAUCCUCCCUGCAGAGGAGUGUUGUGGCAGUUCUGCUGGGCAAACCUCACCAGCCCAGCUGGCUCUCCUGCGGCAUCACUAAGGAGUCGCUCGUGGACACAUGGAAACUAGAGAACUUAGAAAAAGUUGCCAGAGAGUUUGAGGAGAGCAGGUCUUCCUACAGUGCAAUACAGAGUGAUGGACACUAUCUGUACAUACACUGUCUGUCGGGGUUGUACAAAAUUGGGUCUGGGUACAGUGGGACAAUCAAGGGUCAUGUGUAUGCUGCCAACCCAGCAUUCCAUACAAAGGAGAAAGGCUGGCUGGGAUAUGCUAAGGGCCAGCUGUUCUUCAGGAGUAGAUGUCAUGCUGCUAAUUCGCUGGUGCUCGUCAACACAGAAACACUGGAGGAACAGCACGCCGUGGAACUGGAAGAUACCAGAAGAGGCUGCAAAGUGUUUUUCACCGAUGGAGAGAACAUUGGGCAGAUUGUUGCAGAUAGAGAAGAUAGUUUCCUGGUCCGGUUCUAUAACCCGCUGGCCUCGCCCAUGCCGGUCACACACGAGUUACCGCUCAGGCUGGCCAGGAAGUGCCUGGAUCUGUGCGGCUGGGCUAACUUCGACCAAAACCAGGAGCUACACACCACAUCUUUAGGUGUUGAUGAGGAGGUUGUGUCGGUGACAAGUGGAAAGGACAUUGCAAUAAUCAGAACCACAUCAGGGAAGCUGCUGUACACGGGUAAGUCGCAGCAGCUGGGCAUUAAGCAGGGCGGGCCAGCCCUGGGGAAGUGGGCGGAGCUACCCAUCACCAAGUCUCCCCGGGUGGUGCAGUGCUCCAUGGGGCACGACGGCGUGCACGGCCUGCUGGUGGCCGACGACGGCAGCGUCUUCUUCUGCGGCACGGCUAGGAGGGGAGAGGACGGGGACCAAGUGAAGCGAGCUCGUCAGCCGAAGCCAUCGAAGCCGAAGAAGAUGAUAAAACUUGAGGGGAGGCACGUUGUGUGGAGCGCCUGUAACGUGGGCAGCAGUGCCGUGGUCACUAAGGAGGGGGAGCUGUACAUGUUCGGCAAGGAUACAGCGUAUGCAGACACCACCACAGGUCUGAUCUCUGACCUGAAAGAUGAGGCAGUAACCCAGGUGUCGCUGGGUAAGGCCCACGCCUGUGUGCUGACUGUGAAGGGGGAGGUGUUCACGUUCGGAGUGAACAACAAGGGACAGUGUGGCAGGGACUUUACGCCUCAGCAGAAGGAAGGAGCGUCGGCCGGAGCGAUGGCGGUGGGCGCAGAAGACGACCACGACGAGGACGUUACAGAGGAGGCGAGCGACCCGAGCCUGUGCGCGCCCGGAACACAUGUCUGGAAGAUGGAGAGGUGCAUGGUGUGUACGGUGUGCGGGGAGUGUACCGGGUACGGAGCCAGCUGUGUCAGCAGUGGUAUGCCAGGCAGGAACCCUGGAACGGCGUGUGGCUGUGGGUCAGGAGACUCUGGCUGCAGUGAGUGUGGCAUCUGUAAGUCGUGCGCAGGUGAGGACAGUCCCGACAGACGGGCCCAGAUGAAGGAGCUCGACCAGUACAAGAAGUUAUUGCCCGGCUGUGUCGAUGUGUUGAUAGGUCGAUUACAAAAGACUGCAGACCAGAAGAAAGACAAAGUAGUCAAGAAACUACUGAAACCCACCAGCAAUGUAAAGGCAAAAGCUGGUGAUGGUUACGCGAGUGAUGACAGGGACCAAGAGAGAGACCCGGGUAAGCUGGCCAUGUCGGCACCAGGGCAGGUGAAGCUGGGGGCCAGGGAGGUGCCUGCCACUGCUGUGGUCUGUGGGCUGCAGCAUACAGUUGUUUUGCUGCAGAAUGGUGAAGUUUACACCUUUGGUAACAACCAGAUGGGACAGCUAGGGUGCAAGGACAGCCACAACAGGGGUCUUCCUGUCAGAGUGGAGCUUCCAGAGAGAGCAGUUCAGGUGGCAGCCGGGAGUAACCACACCGUCAUCCUCACAUCUCAGGGCAACGUCUACACUUUCGGGGCUUUUGCAAAGGGGCAACUGGGGAGGGAGCUUGGGUCAUGGCAGGCGGGGAACACGGAGCCUGGCCUGGUGACGGGGGUGGGGGCCAAGUUCGGCCGCCGGGCCACGUGGGUGGGGGCAUCCGGGGACCAGACCUUCAUCAAAAUCGACGAGUCACUCAUCAAUGCAAGAACACUAGCUGACGCCACGCUGUUUGCCGACCAGAAGUGCAUAGGUGUGGUGGUAGAUCUGGAAGGUGACGGGCCAGCUGUGCCAGGCCGAUCCCUCUUCAUCAGUAAAGCUGAUGGCACGUGCAAAAGAAGGACACCUGUUUUCUGCAGCUUCUCAGGUGGCAACCAGGCAGACCUCACCGACAGCUGCUUGUGCCUUGAUCCCAUGCAUGGAGUUCUAUGGAGAUACCAGCCCAACACGUACGUGGUGUCGUGUUACAACGCCACGGCCGGGGAAGUGCGAGAUUUCCCGCCUCAGGAGUCGGACAGAACGGGAACCUGUAACCUCCUCAGCCCCGAGCUCGUCCUGCCAACAGUCCCUGUUGCCAUGACAACGAGGUCUCACAGCGCGCUGCACCUCCUCGGUUGCCUGGAUACGCUGACGGUGUGUCAGGACUUCGGCUUCGCGGUGACGGAGCAGGCCCAGGACGUGCACAGUGUGGCCAGGAUAUUCUCCAAGGAGGAUUACAACGCCGUCAACAGAUUCGAUAGUCAUGGAGGAGGCUGGGGUUACUCGGUUCACUCUGUCGAGGCCGUCAGGUUCACUGCCGACGCUGACAUCAUCCUCGGGGGCUUUGGCCUGUUCGGAGGCAGGGGAGAGUACACAGCAAAGAUCAAGCUGUUUGACCUUGGAACAGAAGGAGGAGAACAUGAAGGUGACGGUGACCUUCUGUGUGAAACUGACGACAUGACCUACGAGUGUGGAUCCAGGGAGAAGUAUGCCAUUCUGUUUGAGGAGCCCAUCUUACUGACUGCUAACAACUGGUAUGUGGGGUGGGCCAGGGUGUCUGGACCCAGCUCUGACUGUGGGGCCAGUGGACAGACCAUGGUCACUACAGACGACCAGGUGGUUUUCCAGUUCAAGAGUUCCAGAAAGUCCAAUAACGGGACAGACGUGAACGCCGGCCAAAUUCCACAACUGCUGUACAGACUUCCAACCCUGGAUUCCAACUGCAGUAAUGGAGUGAAGUGCCAGAUGGAGCCUGUGCACAUCCUUUCCAGGGAUUUCUCCAGAUCUGUUUCACCUAGCUGUUUUGAGUCUCUGCUAGACCUUCUGAGGUGGAGUUGGGCGACCUUCAAACUUGGCGUAGAAGAGCUGCAGGGGUUAAAGGGCGUGCACUUCACGGCGGCUCUACUUGACCUGGACAGACUGGUGUUCGUCAGUACGGCCUGCAUGAGGCUACUCAGGAGGUACAUCAGCGAGGUCUAUCCCAAUGGACCCCUCAGCAAAAAGACCCCACCGGAGUCCGCCAGGCUCUCGGAGUGUGUCGGGGAAACUCGCGCCGUGCUCCGCAAGAUCCUGUGCGAAGAGAACAUGUUCCACCUGCCGCAGCCCUCCCCGUCCCACACGCCCUCCCGGCGCGAGUCCUCGCACGACUCGUGCAAGCGGCUGGUGAACCGGGUCCUCGAGGAGUGCCACCACACCUUCACCUGCUGCUUCCACGCCUUCUACCCCACCUCCAGCCUGAAGUGGGUCUGCCUGUGCGACCUGCUGGGCCUGUUGGAACCGGGUUCAGAGCAGAACGAGGGAAUCGGUCGGCUGCUGUCAGCGGUGAUGGCGGCGCUGUGCCACCCGACGGUGAAGCUGACGUCGCUGCUGCCCAUCCUGAAGGAGUCGGAGUCGGACCCGCAGCUGCCCUCCACCGCGAACAGUCCUGACGAGAACAACUCCAACAGCAGCCCCACCACACCCGUAACCAGGGACAACGUCAGGUUCCCCAUCCUGGUGCAACACAUGGAGCACAGGUCACAGUUGGAGGGUGCUGGAACCGGACACUGCACCUUUAAGGAGGUUCUGGACAAGCUGCUGGCGAUCGUGGUUGUUCCAGUCAGGAUACAGCUCAGUGGGGAGGAGGUGAACUACUCGGACGCGUUGGUGUGUAACACCUGUGCCCUGCUGGCUGCCAUUGUUGGAGAACUGGCUACUGCUGCAACUGGCUCAGAGAACGAGAUCCAGCGGUCGACGAUGCCCGUUUCAUGCACGCCGUCGCGGUUUGCGCGGGUGAGCCAGGGGAAGAGCUGGAACACGGGAAACGCAUUAACCAUUAAUGAGAUCCAGCGUUCGACGAUGCCUGUUUCGUGCACGCCGUCGCGGUUUGCGCGGGUGAGCCAGGGGAAGAGCUGGAACACAGGAAACGGUUCGCCGGACGCCGUCUGCUUCAGCGUAGACAAGCCGGGCGUGGUGGUGGUCGGCGCCAUGCUGUACGGGGGAGGGGGGCAGCACGACUACGAACUCGAGCUGCUCGAUUCUAGUGAGAGUGACAUCGGUGAUGGUUCCCACACCCAGCGCUGGACGACCUUGGAGCUGGUCAAGGGCACGUACUACCCGGAGGACUGUGUGAACGAUGCCGCCGAGGUCAAGUUCGAACGACCCGUCCCCAUCAAGGAGGGUGUGAAGUACGCUGUGAGGGUGAGAAAUCAUGGCGGCAGGACGGCAAAUGGAGACGGCGGGCUGCCCACGGUCAGGAGUCCGGACGGCGUCACCUUUACCUUCAGCUCCUGUUCCCUCAGCAGCAACGGGACCAAUCAGACCAGAGGACAGAUCCCCAACAUUCUCUACUACAGAACUCCCCAGGAAGGCGAGGCCCAUGCAGCCCAAAGCAGCCGCCUGAUGGCCGAGUCCCACUCCAGGAGAACUGUGCUGUCUGUGGCCACAGCAGUCCUCAAGUCUGCCACAGACAUCCUCAGGAGGGCUCUAGUCACACCUGAAAUGGAGGUGAUGGAAGUGCUUGGCUCUGCCCACAUCCUGUCAUCCCUGCUGCCACUGCUACUGGCAAACCUGGGUCCUGUGGCGUCUUCAGAUCCAAGGACGUCAGUCCAGGUGCUGUCCCUGGUGCAGGAUGUCCUGCCUGCCGUAGCCUCCCUCAACCAGAGGUACGCCCCGCCCCCUCCCGUCCUCAACCAGUCAGCUCAGUCCAUCGAGGCUACCUUGCUGGAGGGGAGCACCAACACCACGUCUGCACACUACGCCAUGGUGGAGAGUGAGCAUCCAUACAAGCCUGCGACUGUUGCACACUACAAGAUCUGCUUCCCCAGCAGUGUGAAGUGGAUGGCAGUAGAGUUUGACCCCCAGUGCGGGACAGCCCAGCCCGAGGACAGCCUUCAGCUGUACAUCCCCGGCAGGCACUUCAGGAAGGGCGCCGUCUGGGAGGACAGCCCGCAGGCCAGCGGCUGGUGGCCUGUGCUGAAGAAAUUCCACGGCGUCGACACCUGGCCAAACGGGGCGGUCGUUCUUCCAGGAAAUGAAGUUGCCUUCUCCCUGGAGACAGCCUCAGACUACAUGAAGGAUGAGAAGCUGUGUUUCUAUGGCUUCAAGUGUUCUGUGGUCGGGUACGAGUGGUGCUCAACAACGGAAGAGGUACUUGUGCAGCUGGAGAAGGAGCUGUCUUACCUGGGUGCCAUGUGCGCCACAAUGCUGAUGAGGAAGGAUCUGCAGCUUCCUGCUGUGUCCAGUACUGAGGCUGAGGAAGACAUGGACUCACUGGAGGAAGGGGCACAGCUGGUGUUUGAUGCGCACUCGACCCUGUUGGGGAAGGGUUUUGCGCUGGUGUGCCCCCCCACGGUGCACCAGGCGCUAGAGGGGACCCUGCUGCUCAGCACUCAGUCCAACGAACGCGCCUUCCUCAAGGACUUCAUCGUCUGCACACCCGGGACCAGCGGGGGGAGGUUCGCAAGAUGGCUGCAGCCUGACUCCUAUGUGGAUGCCAAGCUGACGGAGGUGGUGUUCAGUAAGGACGAGCUGAAGUGUAACUGGCCCACCAUGAUCGUCAUUCGCACCUUGGACCAGUAUGGCGACCCCGUCAACGUGCCAAGUCUAAAGGUUGAAGCCCGUGCGGCACCCCUGGGUAGGAACGGUGUGGACAGGAAGGUUCGCAGGACCGUGGUGGCGGAAGGGAAGUGGUUCGGCGGGGUCGACGCCCCCAAACUGGACGUGUCGUACGAGGCAACUGUACUGAAGGACAACAUGUCGUAUGUGGCCAUCACUAUGAUGAAGGCUUAUGAGGACUACUCCUUUGAAGAGUUGAGGUUUGCCUCCCCUCCAGUUAGAAGACCGAGUGAGAACAUGUUGGUGCGAGCGAACAAUGACGGCACGUACAGCGCCAACUGGACCCCCACCAUGAGCGGAUGGUACACUCUGCACAUCACUGUGGAUGGACAGGAAAUAGGAGAGGUGCAUGAGCUUGAAGUUGGAGAGCCACCGCAAGGUGUAACUCCUCCGUCUUUGGCUAACCAUGCCAGACCUCACCAACCAAGCAAGGUGCGCAAGUUUGUAACCCAACAGAGCAAAGGCCUGCGGGUUAGGAGCACACCCUCACUGCAGAGCGAACAGAUCGGAGCCGUGGCACCGAACGGCACCAUCACAUUCAUUGACGAGGUCCACAAUACUGACGGGGUUUGGCUGAGGUUGGACUAUGCCUCGCUGAAGCAGUGGUGCCCGGCUAACGGGAACAGUGAGGCCUGGUGCCUGGCUUUCAACCAGCAUCUGGGCAAGAACUUGCUUGUGCCUGUUGAGGAGCCCAAGUCCAUCAUAGACGAGAUCAUCAAGGAGCGGAUCGCGCGGAAACUUCCCGAGCUGAUGGAGAAGGUGCGGGGCCGCAAGGGUGGGCCAGGCAUGUACCAAGUGGUGAAGUGUGGGGCCUCGGGCCACAAUGUCAGGUGCAGGCCCAGCCUGAGGGCCACUCCUGUGGGCAUGCUGGUGCUCGGUAACCAGCUCACGGCGACAGAAGAGACAAGUAACUCUGACGGUACUUGGGUGCGUCUGUCGAAGCACAGUACGCAGCAGUACUGCGAGAGUGACGAGGGCGAAGCCUGGUCGCUGGCGCGCGGGAAAAACGACAUCACCUACCUCAAGCACGAGUCGGAGCUCAGCAGCGAACGGGAGGACAGCCUGGCGCUCUUCUCUCCCUCACCCUUCUCCUCACCCUUCGGUUCCGGCCCCACCACGCCGUCUGCGAAGGGGUUCGACUUCAGGGGGGCCGACGUCACUCCUCCCAACUUCUGGUUCAGCCAGCCUACUGACAAUGCUGCAGCAGCUGCAGCCUCCCCAUCUGUGUUUGGUCCUGACCCAAAGCUGGAGGUGUUGGACAUGUACGGUAACACGGCAGGCGCCGGGAUCCCCCUGGCUCAGGCUGACAACAUCGUGCCUGCCUUCCCGCCAGACCCGUUUGUGUUCGGGGCUGCUGUGGAUGUUACAGGUACCCCCAACUUCUACUUUUCAUCAGUGCCCCCCACCAAGGAGAGGAAGCCCUCCCCCACACGAGACGGACUUCCGCUCAAGAACAAACAGGGAGACAACGUCGAGGAAAGGAGACCCAACCAGGGCAUGAAGAGGGAGGGCGGUUCUUCCGAUUCAGAGAAGGAGAACACUGUACCAUCCUGUAGCAAGGAGAAGGGGGACGUCAUUGUGGAAUUGAAGGAAACAGUGCCAGAAGUCAGUAAACCGGAGCCAGAGAAAAAACCUAGUAGGACUAGAAACUCCGGGAUACCCAUCCCGAGGAAGGGAGCAUCCCCUCCCAGGACAAAGUCUGGCUCGCCCUCUGAUUCCCCGAAAAGUAGACCCAGCUCCCCACUAGUGAAGUCCGAAUCCUCUUCCCCGAGGCUACAGAGGAAAGACAGGCAUAGAGCGGACUCGGAUUCGUCCAAGUCGCACGCAAGCGACGCAGAUUCGAAGAGAGCAGUUUCGCCAAAGUCUCGGCCGGAACUGCCGCCGAAACCGGACCUCAGGAAGACCCGGGCGGAGGGACCCAAACACGGGAUCAUCAGCUCGCUCAAGUCCGACGCCACCACCAGGAGCCGGUCCGAAUCGCCCGUCGGGAAAAUCCACCGCGAGGUCACUGUGGAGCUGAGGAGUCGCUCGAAAUCUCCCCGCGGCCGAUCCGGAUCGUCGGAUCAUCAGAAAUCCCACACAGACUCUUCCUCUCCCCCCGUCAGGACUGGUUCGUUAAAGGGGAAGACAGAUUUGCCCAGGAGUAGGAUAGAAGCCGUGAAGGCAAAAGCGGAAGCUCCGAUCAUUAGCACAGGUCCUCUGAGGAAAACAGAGGCAUCGUCGACCGUGAUAGAUAGCAGACAUGAGGAGGUUCAUGCCAGUGUAAAACAGGAGACGAAACUGUCCAGGAGAACGCACUGUAUGGUGCACGAGGUGGCGAAGGGAACGGAGUGCACAGUUCAUGUGUCGAGAAUUCCAUCUCCGAGAUCCAGCCUUAUCAUUCCCAAUAAGGAAAGGGUGCUUUCUCUGGAGGACUCCACAAGGCAGUCCAACGGAGAAUCGCUAACCACUACUACUGUUAACACUUGCACACCGGACACCCACGCUACGAAAACCGUAGAAACAGCCGAGCAUAACGCAAAGCCUGCGAAUGACGUCAUCGUUCUCACAAAGGAGAACAACGCUGUUCUGGAAAACGGACACCCUCCCAGUGGAGCAGAUGGCAUGGACGAGGCUGUUCGAUCUGCCAGCGUCACCCCCCCACCACCGCCCAUGAGUUCCUCUCCGCCUGCGACCAGGAAAGCAACCCCCCCUCCGAACGAUUCCGUCAAAGAACACGUCAAGGGACAGUUCACUAUAGGCAUGGCGGGAGCAAGGGAGGAGACAGAAAGAGUAUCCCCGAAACUGGGAAGGAAAGAAAGGACGGUACGACACCUUCGGAAUAAGCGAGACCGAGCCAUGUCACCGGUCCCCAAGGAAAAACCUUCUGUGGAGAUACCACCCAGUGCGAAACCCAAGCUGUCCCUCUCUCGCAAGCCGGUCAAAGACGCGAUCUCUCCGUCCGUUGCGGAGUGCAUGAGGGCCGUGUUCGCUGCAUUCCUGUGGCACGAGGGCAUCGUGCAUGACGCCAUGGCCUGCGCCUCCUUCCUUAAGUUCCACCCUAACCUCACGAAAGAAGCGAGCUCCGGUCAGAACACCAAGGAGCAGGCGGCAGCGGAGAUGGAAGACUUCAGGGACCCCAGGUUGAAAAACAGGCAUUCCAUGGAGCUGACCUCAGCGUUGAAGAAGCUCGCAGAAAGAGAGGCUCCCUCGAACAUCAACGCGUUAGUCAAUCCUGAACCGUCCCCCAAGAGAGUGGCUGGCAAGGCCACUGACUCGAGGGGGGUGUCGCCGAGCAAGGUGGCAAAGAGUUCGGAAACGAAGAAGGAGCCACAGCUUCCGCUGACUCUGCAGCACCUGGUUUCGUUCUGGGAGGAGGUGUCGGCUUUCGUUCUCAACAUGGCGACGCAGCAGGUGAUCCUACCCUCCCCAGCCGAGCUGGUAAAGAACAAGAAGGAACGAAAGGAGAGGGAGAAGAAGAAGAAGAAAGACAAGUGGCCUCAGCAGCAGGGGAAGCAGCAGCAGCAACAGCAGCAGCAGGGGAGGGGGAAUCUGUUCGGCGAGGCAGCGGGGGCACCGUUCGUGGCAGGAGGGGAGAAAGACGCAGCGUGCGAGCUGUGCGGGGGCACGUUCCCCCACCCGGUGACGUACCACAUGAAGCAGGCUCACCCGGGCUGCGGGAAGCACGCGGCCGGGAUGGGGUACAACAGCGGCGGGAACUACUGCGGCGGGUGGGCCGGAAACUGCGGGGACGGGGGCGUUGGGGGCAGCAGCUGGUACCUCAUGUGCGAGAAGUGCCGCGACAAGUACCUCAAGGAGAAGAAGGCUGCCCAGAAAGAGAAGGUGAAGAAGGCCAAGAAGCGAGUCAUUCCGCUCAAGCCACCGAGGACGCUCACUCCCAUGGAGGCCCACAACAUCAUGAAGAACAACGCCCUGUUUCUGUUGAACUUUGGCAGCGCGAUGGGCCCGCACAUCCCGGCGCAGAGCCCCGUGUCCAGGAGGCAGCUCCUCAGGCACGAGCUCCCGGUGGUCUCCGAGGGGGACCUGGACCACGCCCACUUCCCCUCCGUCCCCUUCCUCUACCUACAGCAAAUCGCCGCACAGCAGGGUCACGACCUCUGUCCCAUGUCUUUCAACGACAACCUCUUCCGAGACGCCGCGUCAGAGAACCGCUUCCGCUCGGACUCGUUCGGAACGCACCCCCAGCGGACGAUCUCGAUCACCCCGGACACCAGCCCGCACAAGGAAGAGGACCUGAUGUUUGCCGGGCCCAUGAGCGUCGAUUCCAGCCCCGUGGGGGAGGGCCUGAGCCCCAGGGUGCCCUUCCAGCGGUCUAUAUCUAUGCAAGGAACCAUGCCUUCUUCGGAGGUGGAGAUGGUGGAUAGUAGUGGGAUGGGGAGCCUGAAGCUGCGUUCGUCACGCAGGAGAACUGUCAGUGGAAAUUCAGAGAGUGGAUCAUCGCUCCUACGCCACCCCUCCUCCCAGCUGGCCCGACUGGUGGAGAGCAGGGUCAAACAGCGCGACCUUCGUGACAAGGCCCGCCAGUGGCCCGUCAUCGCCUUCAUCAUUCAGCGACACGACCUCGAGGGGUUAGAGGUCGCCAUGAGGCAGUCCCUACGCAAGGCGGCCUGCAGGGUCCAUGCUAUGGAGGCCCUGAACUGGUUACUGCGUAGUGUGACCCAGCCCACCUGCCUGCACGACCUGCUGUGGUUCUUCGUGGCAUCGCUGACCCCACCUGUCAUCGAGGCCGAGACAGAAGAAGAGCCAGAGGAGAAGAAGAGAAAGAAGGAGGCAGACGUGCCCGCAGACCAGAAACCUCUGGCUGAGGAAGUUGUGCCCAGGAGGGCGCUGGAGAAUAGGCGCCUGCUCAAGAUCGAGGACCGAGAGACGACGGUGAGCGACCAUCCCCUGUCCGACAUCACCGUGGCAGGCGAGGCCGUGUACCCGCUGCCCCAGGCCUUCCACCACCUCCUGCAGACCAUCUCGGACAUCAUGAUGGUUCUGCCCAACGGCUCAGCGCUGCAGCAGAUCGCCAUGCGCUGCUACUGUCUGCGGUUCCGGCCUGCGGAUCACAUGUUUCUGCACCGCAGCCAUGUCUUCAACAACAUCAGCCAGAUCCUCUCCAAGUCAGACGAGGGGGACGGGGACGAGACCAUCAGCACCAGCUCUGCUUCCAUGGGAGAUGGGUCAUCAACUGCUGUCACUCAGGUAAACUACACGGUGGAGUGUCUGCGGGACAUCACCGCCCAGAUCGAGCUGAAGGCUUCCAGCCGUACCGCCAUGAUCGCCAGCCUGACCGACGGGUCCACGGAGACGUUCUGGGAGUCCGGCGACGAGGACAGGAACAAGACCAAGUCGCUGACGCUCACGUGCGGCCGGGGCAGCGUCCCGAGGAUGGUCUACAUCCACGUCGACAACACGCGCGAUCUCGCCAACAAGGUGACGAGUGUGAUCUUCAGCGCCGGGGCGGCAAACGAGGAUCUCGGCAAGAUCAAGGUGGUUGAGCUGGAACCUCGACAUGUAGGUUGGGUCCACUGCCACCUCCCUGGGCCUUACUGCAGGGUGGUCAAGAUCGAGCUGAAGGGGCCUGACAACAGUCUGAGAGUCAGGCAGAUUAAGGUUCUCGGGGAAGAUGUUGGAAAGGCCAUCGCGGAGUCGAACCAGCUUGCUCCGGUCGUGAUCCAACAGAAGAACUGCGAGGCCGAGACGCUGAGAGUCUUCCGGCUGCUGACCAAGCAGGUUUUCGGGAAGCUGAUUUCCAGCGAGGACCGUCUGGUGGAACCGGACGGAGGAAAGGAGGCGGGUUCGGAGGCGGAUGAGAAGGGAGAGUCAGACCUGCGGGAACACAUGGUCGGGAUUCUGUUCAGCAGGAGCAAACUCACCAACCUGCAAAAACAGGUGUGCGCGCACAUCGUCCAGGCGAUCUCCAUGGAAACAGCAAGGGUGCGGGACGAAUGGGAGGCAAACCUAUCGUCGCAGGCUGAAGCUGGCACGCCGACACAAGAGCCUAAACCAGCCGAGCCGCUCACGCUGGGAGACACGUACUGCUUCGAGCUGCUGUCCAUGGUGCUGGCUCUGAGCGGGUCGACCGUGGGGAGGGCGUACCUGGCCCAGCAACUGGGGCUCAUGAAGGAUCUCCUGUCCCUGCUGCACACCGGAACACCCAGGGUACAGAGACAGGUUGCCUCCUUGCUGAGGAGAGUUCUACCCGAAGCCCCCCCACAGCAGUUAGCCAACAUCCUGGGCAUCGCGUCUCUCCCCCCCACCGACAUCAGUGUCCUUACCCAGGCCAGCUACAAGCCGGAGAAUGUGCAGAAGGACACGCAGGGCAUCCUGGAUGUGUUCCUGGGCUGCAUCACCAAGGCUCUGUCCGUGCAGGUCAAGGUCAAAGGGGGAGGGGGGCUGGUGGAGAAGGCAGCGAGCAAGGGCGUCAACUCCAUCUCGCUGGCCACUGCUCUCAACUCAAGAGUGAAGAACAGCAGCAGCCGGUGGUGGCUGAGAGGUUCCGUCCCCAGCGACAUCGCACAGCUCAUCAUCAGACUUGUCAAGGACAUGUCCAUGGGUAAGUUGUCUGAGGAGUGGGCCAGAGUGACGAAGAGCGCUGUUGCAGAGAGCAUCAUGACCCUGACUAAGAUGGAGGAGGAACAGAGACAACCCCAGGAGUGUCUCUACACAGCAACUCUGUGGCUGGCUCUCGCCUCCCUGUGUGUGCUGGACCAGGACCAUGUGGAGAGGCUGUCGUCAGGACAGUGGGUGGGCACAGACGGCCAGCCCAAACAGAAGCCGACCUGUGACAACCAUGAUGACGGGGAGACACUGGCCAUCAUCCUGUGCAGUGACUGCGGGAACCUGUGUGCGGAGUGUGACAGGUACCUCCAUCUACACAGGAAAACCAGGCAGCACCAGAGACAGGUGUUUAAGGAAGAGGAGGAGUCCAUCAAGGUGGACCUGCACGAGGGCUGUGGUCGCACCAAACUGUUCUGGGUCAUGGCUCUGGCCGACAGCAAGACUCUCAAGGCCAUGGUGGAGUUCAGGGAGAGGAACGGAGGUAAGAUGACGUCGAGUGCCUCAGCGGGAACCUGCAGGUUCUGUGGAGCCAGCAGUAACACCGGACUGCUGGCCAUUGGGAACGUGUGUGCAGACCCAGAGUGCCAGGAGCAUGCCAGAAAUGCCUGCACCCGGACCCUACCAUGUGGGCACCCGUGCGGGGGUGUGAAGGAUGAGGUUUCCUGCCUGCCGUGCCUGCAUGGCUGUAAGGGAGCGGACGGGGUGACUCUGAAACAGGACGCUGACGACAUGUGUAUGGUGUGUUUCACCGAGGCUCUGUCUGCUGCUCCGGCCAUACAGCUGAUCUGUGGGCACGUGUUUCACCAGCACUGCUGCAGGAAUGUUCUGGAGAGGAAGUGGGUCGGACCUCGCAUCUCCUUCGGUUUCUCCCUCUGUCCCAUCUGUAAGUGUGAGAUUGACCACCCGACCCUGAAGGACCUCCUGGCGCCAAUCCGGGCUCUUUACGACGAUGUGAAGAGAAAAGCUCUGAUGAGGCUGGAGUACGAAGGGCUGAGCCAGUGCGAGGCCAUCACCACGCCCGGAGCAAGGUUCUACAACGACACGGCCGGAUACGCCAUGAACAGAUACGCCUACUACGUCUGCUACAAGUGCAACAAGGCGUAUUACGGGGGAGAGGCGCGGUGCGACCAGGAGGCUGGGGUGGGUGAGGACUACGAUCCCGCAGAGCUGGUGUGUGGAGCAUGCUCAGACGUCUCCAGAGCACAGGUCCACCCUGAAGCUGUGUGGCCAGUGCAAGCUGACCCGGUACUGCAGCCGAGACUGUCAGAAACAACACUGGUCUGUCGGACACAAGAAGAGCUGCGGACAAGACACGUGCCCUGUCAGUGA